AUAGACCCAUGUAUACGAACGGAUUUCAAUCCGUCAAUAUAGACUUCCGUUGGUAAAAGGGAUGGAAAGUUUCUUCAGGAUGAUUCUUUCGCUUUUUUGCUUUGUCUUGAUAGUGAGAGUUACAGAGCUCCAUGCUGCCAAAGACGAAUGCCAACCCAAAAAGUGCAAUCACCAUACCAUCCAGUUCCCAUUCCGACUAAAAGAGCAGCCGGAACACUGCGGUUACUCUGGGUUUGAACUAUCCUGCAACGAGGAAAAUCAGACCGUGCUCGAGCUACCGCGAAAUGUGAAGUUGUUUGUGAAGCGCAUAAAUUACAAAGCACAAUGGAUUAAGUUAUACGAUCCGGAUGAUUGCCUCCCGCGGCAGCUUCCCAAUCUCAAUUUAUCUGCAUCUCCCUUCCAGGAUUACAGGGAUAAAAUCGACGACCCACCUCAAAAAUACACUAUUUUCAAUUGUUCACGCGAAGCACAACCGCGUGAUGUAUAUGAAUAUAUUACAAUUCCUUGUUUAAGCAUCCCAGAAUUCCAAGUUAGAGCUCUUCCUUCCAAUUAUAGUUAUGCUAUUAGUUUGUUAAAUUGCAGCAGAACGUUGAUGAACAUUUCGGCAAUAGCAAUAUCUCGAGAUAUGUUGUAUUACCAGAAAAGGGACGUUCAUUUGAGUUGGUCCAAACCAGACUGCAAUAAAUGUGAAGCGGUGGGCAAGAAAUGCAGACUGGAGAAAAAUAAUAAUAUUACACGUGAUGAGACAGAGUGUUCUGGUAAAUCCAAAAAACAAAGAGGUAUGCUUUUAAGUUUUAACAAUUCCAAAUAUUAUGAAUGCCAUCCUUGUUGAGUUCAUCUGUAUUCCUUAGAUUUCACCUUGUUUUUCAAUUUUCUACCCUUGUUCUGUUGCUUUCGAUGCUCCUUCUUUUGAUUAUGAGAUGAACAUCUAGUUUAAAAUUUUACAUCCCUGGGCAAAACUCCGAUGCCUCAGUUUUGUCAUAUCAGAUUGUAAUAGAUUUGAGGAACAUAUCAAGAACCUAACUUUCUAAUGUUUUACAGAUGUACAGAAAGUACUAUUGGCUACAGGAAUAGUCCUAGGUUCCUGUCUUCUUGGAAUAAUUCCCUUUGGACUUUACCGCGUUCACCAUUCAUAUAAAGCAGAGAAAGAAGGCCAACUCAAGAUUGAAAAUUUUCUGGAGGAUUACAAAGCUCUCAAGCCCUCAAGAUAUUCUUAUGCUGACAUCAAGCGAAUAACAGUUCAGUUCAAGGAAAAACUUGGAGAAGGGGCCUAUGGAACAGUUUUCAAAG